UCAGAAGAAAUUGUUUGAGUGCAUAUAAAGUUUAUCCUUUUCUUUUUUCUAUAAAACAUAUGGUAUUUAUUUUUUAGGAUCCAAAAAAUUAUUGAAAAACUUCUCAGAAAAAAAAAAAACAUUGAAAACAUUUUUUGAUAGUUUGAAUAUGUUUACAAAAUUUCUCAGCAUUUCAAAACUCCAAGUUUAGUUCCAUUACUAUUUUCUUUGUCUCUGUCGCACAUGCCCCUCUCUACGAUUCUGCAAUUAAAUGUGGGGCUUGCGCGCGCGGCUAUGAAUUUUAUUCGGAAACCCUAGAUCAUUUUUUCCCGCCAAAACGUCAUCUUCUCGCUUGACCUGUAUGCUUAAUCGUGUUUUGAACUGGGAAAUUAAUAGCAGGGUGGUCGAUUGAUUGCUGGUGAUUAGUGAGCCUUAGAUUGCUCCAAGACCCCACAGAAGAAGCACCAGCCAAAAGGUUUUCUGCUCGGUCUUGAUCCGUUUUCAGGUGGCCGGAUUAAAAACCUACUUCAGUGCAAAGCUUUGAUGCCAGUUUGACAAUUUUCUAAAUUUUUUAUAGAAAUAUGUGCCAUAGAUGGUGUGUAUUUCCUCCAAUGCUUGGAGGUGGACAAUCUGGGGAUUUGUUUAAACUAUUUUAGUUGUGAAGCUGUAUGGUAGAUAUGAUACUGUUUCUAAGAAUGGUUUAGGGAUGUGGUGUCUGAAGAGUCUGGAUUGAACCUAAACCUUCCAUCAUCAGUGAAAUUGAUUUAUUCCUAGCAUUUGGAUGCAUAAGUGAAAUGGUUAGAGAGACUUGUUGAUGAAAAUAAUUUAAAAUCCAAAUCGAGUGAUAUCAUCAACUCAAGAACCAAGUCUAGUGAUAGAUAGUGUUUUGAGUAUGGGCGGGGUUCUGGAGUUAGGAUCCGAGUUUAAGGGGUUGUUUUCAAAUAUAACGGAUUGGAAAUCUGUACUGAAUGUGAGUGCUAAGGUGGAUUCAAAUAGGGAAGAGAAGUGUAUCGUUGAUGAUGAAGAAUCUGUGCACAUAGACACUGGAAGGAGUGUUGUCAAUUUUGUGGAAGUUGGGAAAUUAAGCUACAAUGUGGCAAAGAACAUGGGUCCUGAUUAUUUUUCUGAUAGGCACAAUAAUUGCAAGGAUUUUCAGGAAAACCUUCAAUCCAAUUCAACAAGUGUGAAGUUGUGUAGUGAGGGUGACGUGAAGGGUGCGAUGGUGGGAAUGGAUGGGGGCAAGAGAGAUGAAAAUGUUGAUGAAAAUGAAGUUAUGGUGUUAGAUUCAGAUGCUGUUGAGGAAUUUAUUUUGGGUCGUAAAAGGAAAAGGGAAUCCAUGUGUAGAGUGGUGAAUUGGAUUACUGGGAUUGCAAGGAAUCCAUGUGAUUGCGUUGUGGAUUCAUUACCAGAGAGGUCGAAGUGGGAUUCUUAUGGGAAUGGGGAAUUAUGGAAGCAGGUUUUGCUGGUUCGGGAAGCAUUAUUUUUGAAAAGACAUGUUGAUUCAAGUGCUGAAAAAUCUACUUGCCAGUCAUUGCAGAAAAAUCGGAAGAUGCACCCAUGCAUGUAUGAUGAUCAAGUUGGAUCCACUUACAAUUUCAGAGAGAGGUUAAAAUGUAGCAAGAAGCUGCUACACAAAAAAAAUGUUUUUCAGGCAGAGUCUUGUUCAGAAUUAUCUUCCUCAACCACUGAAACCGAUUCAGAUUCUUGCACAAAAGGGAUCCGCGAUGGUGAUUCCUCAACUAAACAUUCAGCGGUUGACCUUCCAGUUGAAAAGUCAAUUCCCUUGGGCCCGGAUUUUCAGGCUGAAAUACCAGAAUGGACUGGUGUUAUUCCUGAAAGCGACCCAAAGUGGGCUGGGACAAGAGUUUGGCCGCCAGAAAAAGUAGAUAGCAGAUUAAUCAUUGAGCGAGAACCUAUUGGUAAGGGAAGACAAGAUUCCUGUGGGUGUGAAGUGCCAAAGUCUGUUGAAUGUGUCAGAUUUCACAAUGCUGAAAGAAGGUUGAAGGUGAAGCGUGAACUGGGGGCAGGUUUCCUUCAUUGGAGGUUUGAUAAGAUGGGUGAAGAUGUAAAACUUUCCUGGACAGAAGCAGAAGAGAGAAAGUUUAAGGCUAUAGUGCAGUUAAAUCCUUCAUCUCUGGGUAAGUGUUUCUGGGAUGAGAUAUUCAGAACUUUUCCUACCAGGGAAAGAGAAGAUCUGGUGAGCUACUACUUCAAUGUAUUUCUUUUGCAGCGCAGAGCACAACAGAACAGGGUUACUCCAAAUAACAUUGAUAGCGAUGAUGAUGAAUCAGAAUGUGGAUUGGCAACAAAUAGUUCUAGGCGUGAAGCUCCCAAAUCACCAGGCUCCCUCUUAUAUUCUGCGAAAAAGCCUCGUAAAAAUGUUGGAUAAUGCCUUUUGGUGAAGUAAACUGCAAUGCUCAGAUAUUUGAAGUCUUGCUUUUUCUUUGUCCUUCAACAGUUUUGAUAUUUGGCCAUCUUCCAUGGGUAUCUGGGCAUAACUCAACGAAAAUUUGUUUGCUGCCUGUGAUUAAAAUUCUCUGCACCUAAUGGAACUGGAGAGCAUCAAUGACAUCCAUUUCUCGUGGAGCAUAAAAGCUGUAGGGGCUCAAGCACUGUUAUGUCUUUGAACAUGUUUUUGGUUUAUUUGCUUUCAGUUUCUGAGACAGUUCCUGUUCAUUCGUAUAUGCUUCUGUCACAUGCUUGUAUCUUUAUCAGAUUUUUUGUGACAUGGCUGAGUACUGAAAAGCCUUGGGAAUAUGGUGAAGAAUCAAUAGGUUAAAGGUAUAUGAAUACAAGAAAUUAGUAUUUCUA